AUGGACAAGUUUAAUAGAGAUAAUAUAAUAAGUAUAAAUGUUGGAGGAAAAAUCUACAUGACCACGAUUAGUUUAAUAUGUAGAUACAAAAACUCUUAUCUAUAUGAGAUUAUUUUAGAUGAUCAUAAAAUGAAAGAAAUAUUUAUAGACAGAAAUGGAAAUAGAUUUGAAUAUAUACUGGAUUUCUUAAGGGACGGUAUGCUAAUAUGCGAGAAUGACAUUAAUGUGUUAACGAAGAUACUAAUUGAAGCGGUAUAUUUUAAAUUAUCUUCUUUAAUUAGAAUAAUAAAAAAGAAAAUAUGUUUACUAUAUUGCAAUAUUGGUAAUAAUGUAUAUAAGAAAAUUUUCAAAAGUAUUAUUAAUACAAUUGAAAAAAGUAAAAUAUUGGAAACAGAUAAAUUAAACAAGUUAGGAAAUGUGUCAAAUUAUGGUGAACUAAAAUAUUACAAUGUUAUAAAAAAAAAAAAAAAAAAAAAUGAUAAUAAUAACAAUAAUAAUAAUAAUAAUUGUGUUCAUUAUUUAAAUACUAGUAAUUCGGAUAAUGUUGUAUGUAACAAAAGUGAAUGUGCAAAUGAAGAGUUUAGUAAUGAUAUAUGCAAAAAGAACAACAAUAGUUCUGUACAUUUAUCAUCAAAAAGUUUUAAUAAUGAAAAAGAAAUCAUUUCUCACCCAAUGCAUUCAGAGGAAGAGAGAACGAAAGAAAAAAAUGAUAUUAAUAAUAAUGAGAAUUAUGUAAAUUUUUAUAUGAGUUAUAAUAAAGAAAGAGAAAAUAUGAAUAAGAAGGAUACAUUUAUUAACAUACAUACACAGAAUAAAUAUAGUGAUUAUAAUAUAACAAAUAAUUUUAUAAAUGAUGUAGAAAAAACAAAUCAUAGCACGUCCAUUCAGAAAAAUUUCAUUAUUAGAAAUGAUAGAAGUGACAGAAAUGAGAAUAAUGAGAGAAAUGAGAGAAAUGAGAGAAAUGAGAGUAAUGAUGAGAGUUUCAUACCCUUAGCUUAUGUGAAAUUAAAAAACAAAGACCACAAAUAUGUUUCCUUUUCGGACAAGAAUAACAUACACUUCUACAAUGAUAAAGGUUACACAAAGACGUCGAAUGGAUGUGAGAUGGUAAGUGAAAACCUCUCAGAAAAACAUGAAAAGAUUAAUAACAUAAAGGAGUGGGGUAUAACAAACGGUAUGAAUAGCUUGAAUUACUCCACUUAUGCGACUUCGGGCAGUUGUACAAAUUAUACAAAUAUGACAAGUGAUCACAAUGAAAGUUAUAAAUAUAAUAAUUACAAAUGUAACAAUAUAAGUAACUCAAGAAACGAAAUUCUUGUGUACUCAGAAAUUGACGAUAUUGAAGAAACAUCCCCUUUUCCAAUUCUGUCGAACAUUAAUUUGGGGGAACAAAUAUUUAGCACGACAGUGGACUUUUAG